AUGGGAAACCAUUGCGUUGCUGCCAUAGAGCUUCACGAAGAAGAAAGUGGAAUCUGUAGUGUCAUUUACUACAGAACACAUUUCGGCCACGACCAGAACAUUGCUUUUCUGCAUCUCAGUGGUUCUGAUAGAGAAGCCAUCGCUGGCAAAAUUGCUGAGGGGGUCACUUUCCAGAGAAUUCUGGAUGAUGUGCGGGACUCAGUUCAUUCCAGCGGAGUGGAGAGGCUGCAUCUCCUGACUCGACAUGACCUUCACAACAUUAAGAGAGACUUCGCCAUUGGUGAUGAUCAACAGCAUAACAUUGAUGAAGUCAGUGUUGGUAUGUGGUUGGAGAAAAUGAAAGACUGUGUUCUCCUCUAUAAGAAAGAAGGCGAGGCCAGGGAAGAUUUUGAUAGGACUGACUCGGUGAUAGUGUUAAUGACUGACUACCAGAAGCAGUUAUUACAGAGAUUUGGACAAAAUAUUGUAUGUGUGGACUCCACACAUUGUACAAAUGUUUACAAACUGUUGGUGACCACAUUGUUAGUGGUAGACGAUUUUGGUUCAGGUAUGCCUGUAGCAUUCUGUGUUUCAAAUCGGGAGACUACUUCCAUAAUGACUCAUUUCUUUAGUGCUGUGAAAGAGAGAGCUGGCAUCAUAAAAACGUCUGUAUUCAUGUCCGACGACACUAAUACUUUCCGUAGUGCAUGGUCACGAGUCAUGGGACCUGCAGAAAAUAAUCUACUGUGUGCUUGGCACAUAGACCGCAGCUGGCGGAAUAAUUUGAAGAAAGUCCAUGGCAAUGAAGAAAAGAAAGCACUUGUGUACAAAGCUCUUCGUACAUUGCUUGAAGAAGCGGACAUAGACAAUUUUAAUGAGCUGCUGGAAUCGUUCGUCGAGCAGCUUCAAGCAGAUGAAGGUACAAGAGACUUUGGUGUAUAUUUCUCGUCAAAUUACUUAUUCCGGCCUCAGCAGUGGGCAUACUGUCACCGUCGCAAUCUGGGUAUAAAUACAAAUAUGUACCUUGAAGCAAUGCAUAGAGUUUUAAAAUAUUGUUAUUUAGAGGGAAAAACAAACAAUAGACUUGACAGACUACUUGUUGUGUUGAUGAAAUUGGUUCGUGACAAACUGUGUGCUCGAAUGGUUAAAUUGUGUAAGGGUGGCCAUUCAUAUAGACUAAAUCUUAUUGAGGCUCGUCAUAAAGCUUCAUGUAGUAUUAAGGAGAAUGACAUUACAGUCAAUACUGAUGGUACAAAGUUUCAUGUGAAAUCCCAAACACAUUGUGGUGUGACACAUACUGUGAUUUUAAAUAACAUUGAAUGUAAAUUGGAGUGCAAGUUGAAGUGCUCCAAAUGUAAUAUAUGUAUACAUGCUUUCAGUUGUUCUUGUGCGGACAGUUUAAUUCAUUUGAACAUAUGCAAGCACAUUCAUGCAGUGUCAAUGACGUAUGCAUUACAUUCAAGUGCCACAUUUACACCAAGUGAAGCAACGGUGACAGAAGAGGCUUCUGCCAUUUUGUGUUCACUGCAAACAAAUACUGAUGAUCACGAGAACACAUCUCUGGCCCAAGAACUAGUGUCCACAUAUCAAAUUUUGAUUAACCGUGUCAGUUCAGGUAAAGUGUCCACAGAAAUCCUGAAGUCACUACAGAAGGAUGCAGCUCAUUCGCUGUCACUUUUUCAAUCAGACUGCAGGGAAGCUUCACGACCCCCCAGCAACGAGAAGGUAAAAGUGCAACGAAGACAUGGUAAAUGUAACAAACAGCCAAAGGGCAGUUUGAAGAAACCAACUCUUGCUGAAAAAGAAAAUAUUGUUUCAGCACUGAGGCAGCCUGAAAGUGAAAUAUUAAAUGUUCACGUAGAUUCUGACCAUAAUUACUGUCGGUACUAA